AUGAAUAAGUGCACGGUAGGAAGACUGUUGAUCUGCUUGCUGAUCGCGUUUAUUGCCGGUGCGCACGGUGCCAGCAACUAUCUGUACGAGUCCGAUGAGCGGUACCCGGUUGCAGCCUCAAACCUGAUGGAAGAUGAAGCCGAGGACAGCGACCGAGCGAGCCUGGCGGACGAUGGGCUACUGGAAAACUAUCUGCAAUCCGGAGCGGCAAAGCGUUCGUCAUUGAUCCAAGUCUACCGAAGAGGAUGCAUUCCGCGUGGUGGCAAUUGCGACCACCGAUCGAACGACUGUUGCCACAACAGCUCAUGCCGGUGCAACUUAUGGGGCUCCAACUGUCGCUGUCAACGCAUGGGCCUGUUCCAGAAAUGGGGAUGAGCGGUGA